GAAAAAUUUAUCGUUUUUCUUCAGGGGGUUUUUUCUUUGGAAAAAUUUUUUCCUUUUCCCCCAGCAGAUUCUUUUUGGAAAAAAAAAUUCCCCCCCCCCCCCCCCCCCCUUGGUCAAAAACAAACGAAAACUUUGAGGACAGGAGAAAGAUACACAGUCAUACAAUGAUUCAUUUUAACGCAUAAAAUAAAAGAAUAGUGAAGAACUAUGUCCCAAAAUAAAUAGAAUAAAAUAAUUUCUCUGUAACUAACAAGAGCAGUGAUAUUGUGUUUCACAUUUGAAUCCCAAAGAGUUUUCGCUAACAAAUGUUUUCUUUUUGUCUGUCUAGUAUUUAAAAGGUAUUGCUUAUGUUGCACAAGUAGAUUGUACAGUUCAAUCGUAUCUAUGUCAAAGACAAGGUGUUUAUAGUUAUCCAACAAUUCGUCUUUAUCCACCAAAUGCUGAUGGACAAACUUAUAUUUUAUAUAAUAAUGGAUGGCGUGAUGCAAAUUCAUUACGAUCAUGGGCAUUUCAAUAUUUACCCAGUACAGUUACCGAACUUGAUGGAAACAAUUUUUCAACAAAUAUUUUACGUGAUUCAAAACCUUGGUUAAUCGAUUUUUAUGCACCUUGGUGUGGACAUUGUCAUCAUUUUUCACCUAUAUUUGAAAAUAUUGCACGUAGACUCGAUGGAAAAGCAAAUUUAGGCAAAAUUAAUUGUGAUAAUCAUAGACAAAUUUGCGAACGAGCAUCAAUUCGUGCUUAUCCAACAGUUAAAUAUUAUAAAGGUUCAAAUGAUUCAAAGCGACAGGAUUUUCUCGGUGAUGAAAUUGGAAAUUUAGAUGCAGAUUUUAUUGUUAAUUAUAUUAAUAAUCAACAAAAAGAACAACAACAAACAUCAAAUGUACAUCAUACAACUGAAUUGUGA